AACCUUCACCUUUAUUCCCGUGAACCUUGACCUCCAAGCAUGGCGGAGGAAGGCAGAUUGUUUCUUGGAGUUGAAAUCAGCACUCAGCAGAUUAAGACUAUUGCAAUCAACAGCAGACUUGAUGUUACCAAUGAAUACAAUGUCAAGUUUGACACGGAACUACCAGAAUACAAGACACAUGGUGGAGCCAACAUCCAUGAAGACCAUGUGACUGUCACUGCCCCCACAGCCAUGUGGGUAAAGGCACUGGACCUCCUGCUGGACACGAUGAAGGCCGACAACUUCCCCUUCUCUAGAGUGGCUGCGCUGUCUGGGACAGGACAGCAACAUGGUAGUGUGUACUGGAAGAAGGGAGCCAGGGAUACCCUCUCCAGUCUCAACCCCAGCAAGUCCUUCAGUGAUCAGCUUCAGGACUGCUUCAGUAUCAGGGAUUCCCCGAUCUGGAUGGAUGCCAGUACGACAAAACAGUGUCGAGACCUGGAGGAGAAGGUUGGAGGCCCACAGAGUUUGACUGACAUAACCGGAUCCCGAGGAUAUGAGAGACUGACAGGAAAUCAGAUUGCGAAGCAGUAUCAGACGCAACGAGCUGCAUAUGAAAAUACAGAGCGCAUUUCACUUGUGAGCAGUUUCGCAGCGUGUUUGUUUAUUGGCGACUAUGCCCCGAUCGAUGAUAGUGAUGGGUCAGGCAUGAACUUGAUGGACAUUCGGACAAGGAAGUGGUCACCGCAGUGUCUAGAUGCCUGUGCUCCCAACCUAGAUCAGGUGUUGGGCCCCAUUGUUCCUUCUGCUCAGCUGGUUGGAAAAGUCAGUCAGUUCCUGGUAGAGAGAUAUGACUUCUCACCAAACUGUCAAGUCGGCGCUUUCACUGGAGACAACCCAGCUUCACUGGCAGGUCUUGCACCAAAACAAGGGGAUCUCAUUGUGAGCCUCGGCACAAGCGACACAGUGUUCCUAUGGUUGACGGAGCCCAAACCUGCACUCGUGGGACACAUCUUUGCCAACCCUGUGGAUACAACAGCUUACAUGGCACUGCUCUGUUUCAAAAAUGGCUCUUUAACAAGAGAAAGGGUUAGAGAUGACAACGCUGACAAGUCAUGGGACAAAUUUGGGGAACUUUUGCAGAAAUCCCCUCUUGGAAAUAAUGGCAAUAUAGGAAUAUACUUUGAUAUCACUGAGAUCCAGCCGGUGGUGGAGGGUGUGUACCGGUUUAAUGAGAAGGAUGAGGAGGUCUCCUCAUUUCCGCCGGAGGUCGAGGUGCGUGCCCUCAUUGAGGGACAGUUUAUGGCUCGAAGGGUUUACUCUGAAACUCUAGGAUUUCAAAUAGAUUCCAACACCCGUGUGAUUGCCACAGGAGGGGCGUCCAUGAACACAGCAAUACUGCAGGUUUUGUCAGAUGUCUUCAAUGCCCCAGUUUACAUCAAGGAUGUGGCUAACUCUGCUGCCCUAGGGUGUGCGUUCAGGGCCAAACACAGUUGGCUGGGGCCUGGAGUGCCCUCCACGGAGGUGGUGAAGGGGGUCAAUGAACCAGUGUGUGUAGCCACGCCCACCCCGGGGGCGGACAAGAUAUAUGAGCCAUUGUGUGCCCGCUACAAGGUGUUAGAAGAGAAGAUAGCUCAAAGAAACUCCUGAGUCAGCAAAUCCAGCCAACACAUAGAGACCUCUUGACCCCUCAACUAUGGCCAUAGAUUCUCACUUGUUGGAUUGCAACGGAGUCUGUGAGGUCAACGAACCAUCUUGACUCUGGAGGCUCUGUGGAACUGUCCCCAUGUCCCAGAUUGUACUCCCCACAUUCCUCCCUCACCACUGAAUACAUACUUCUAUUCAUAGGACUCACUUAAUUUUAACCAGUGAACGUAGCCAUGACCUGGUUCCAUAGUUUAACCAUUGAAAACAUUAGAAAUAUUGGACGACCUUGUUCCAGGGCAAAACCAAUGAAAACUGAUUACCUUAGAACAUUUUAUGACCUGUAUCAGAACUAAAGAAAUAAAAACUGAAUUACAUAGAAAAAAUAAUUAGGAAUCCGGUUUCAGAGCAAAACCUAUGAAAACUGAUGACAUCAGAAAUAUUUUCCAAACAAAUAUUUUACAGACAUCUACUCUGCACAUUGCUUUGUUGGUUGUUUAACGCUGCGGUAUGUAAGUAAUCAAAUCUGGACCAGACAAUCCAGUGAUCAACAGCAUGAGAAUCAAUCUACGUAACUGGGAUACGAUAACAUGUGUCAACCAAGCCUGACCACCCGAUCCUGUUAGUGGCCUCUUACGCCAAGCAUGGGUUGCUGAAGAUCAAUUCUAACCGGAUCUUCAUGGGUCUCUGCACAUUGCCUCAGUGUCAGGCAGUGGUGGGGUAUGAUGAUGACCAUGCGAGAACUCAUUUGACUUACAUCAGUUAUCCCCCCCCAAAUACUAGGCACUAUUGCACCACAAGAUGCUGUAUGUAUUCAGUGGUGACAGAACCACUGUAUGUACAAAUCUGCCAGUAAGAGUCAGCUAUGGUUAUAAUGAACUCGGAGGGACAACUAUGUUUGUUUUGUUAUGUUUGUUGUUUAUGUACACAUUUCAACUAAAUUAUGUACCAAGUGUCUGUUACACAAACAUCAAUUUGUUAUGUCUGUCUGUUUGUUACAUGUGUGUUUGUUAUAAGCGUAGUUUACUGUAUUGACGAUGUAAAGUAAAAGAGAGUCAGUGUCCAGUAUUCAAGAAAAUGGUAAAAAGUGCUGAAUUUUUUAAAUAUUUUGGCUUGGUAUUAAACACUUCAGGUGAGAAUAUGUGCUUUGUGUUGAUUUAUCAUGAAACUUUUCAAAUCAGUUGCAGAUUUUGUAAAUAUGAAAUGGUUGUAAGUAAUAAAUAUAUAGGAAAAUGAAAAGAUUAAUGGAUUAAUGGUGUCUUGAUGGUUUGGGACCAUGUUCAGACAAUCCUAUCAACCUACAGGCAUUUGUAUUAGUUAAAUCAACGGAACUCCCUAAAGUGUAUCUAUUACGAGCUGCAUGCGACAUGUUGAAAGUGAGUUGAAUGCAGUAUCAAUAAUCCAAGCCAAAUCAUAAGUGGUCAACCAACUCGACCCAGAGUUGCCUCCCUUGUUGUCACUCAUGUCAGACAAAAGGCAA